CCGGCCCACUCUCUCCACUCCCGAUCACCCAUGGCCGUGUUGAGUCCCACGCCUUGCUGGCUGCUCACUGGCAAUCUGGCUUUGCUCACGCAUCUAAACACUCACACCCACUACAAUGCCAGACGGAGCCAGCGGCACGAGCCCGCGCCUUCCGCCGUUCGCGGCCGCGCAGUCACUCAACACCAAGUUCAUCCCGUCCGUGCUCAUCGUCGGCGCGGGAAUCGGCGGGAUCACGCUUGCGCUUGAUCUUGAUGAGGCUGGUCUGACUAACUGGAUCAUGGUCGACCGAGAAGAUGAUAUGGGUGGGACAUGGCUCGUCAACCGCUACCCUGGGUGCCGGUGCGAUGUCGCCGCCGUCGCGUAUAGCCACUCGCGCUUCCAGAACAGCCAGUGGACUGAGACGCAUCCGGACCACCGCGAGAUCCAGCGUUACUGGGCAGACAUUGUACGCACACAAGGCCUGACGAACCGGCUGCGCCUGCAGCACAACUACGUCAAGGCCGAGUGGGACGCAGAUGCAAACGUAUACCACGUCACACUGCGCGACCUCGUGAACGACACCGACGUAGUGUACACAUGCAACGUGCUGGUGUGCGCGACCGGCGCAUUCAGCGAGCCGAACCGCAUCGCGUUGCCCGGAGAGGACGAGUUCACAGGUGAGGUCGUACACGCUGCACGCUGGCCGCGGGACAUGACCCCUGCAAGCUUGCGGGGCAAAAACGUCGUCGUCGUCGGCAACGGAUGCUCGGGCGUCCAAAUUGUCGGCACGCUCGGCCUCGACCCCGACAUCAAGCUCACGGCGCUCGCGCGCGGCCAGCAGUGGUUCAUGCCGUCGUCAACCGGCGGCAUCGCCGCCGCACGUAACAGUGCGCCGAACAGCGAGCGCCUGCGUGCCAUUCGUGCACGCUGGCCCCUUCUCCAGCGACUGCACCGCUGGAUAUUCCUCGCCCUCGCCGACCGCCGUUUCUACUACCAGUGGACGCGCGAAGGUGCGAGUGCCCGUAAGCAGCUGGAGCGCGAUCUCGGUGCGUGGAUGGUCGCUCGCGCCCCAGAGAACCUCAAGGACAAGAUCGUCCCAGACUUCCCGUUCCAGGCCAAGCGGUACAUCUUUGAAGACGGCUACUUUGCCGCUAUCAACCAGCCCCAGAACCGUGCCGUUUACGGCCGCAUCGCGGGCCUCACGCACAACGCCGUGCGAACCGACGACGGCGAGGAAAUCCCCGCUGACGUCGUCGUCCUCUCUACCGGAUACGCGGCCGACCACAUCGACAUGCAGGUCGAUGGCGAGAGCGAUAGCACGCGCAACUAUGCCGGCAAGGGUGAUUUGGUGUAUUAUCAUGGGAUCGCCCUCCCAGGCAUGCCAAACUACUACACGAUGAUGGGCAACAACUUCCUCGUCAACCACUCGUCCGUGACCGAAGUGCUCGAGAUUCAGGCUGCGUACAUCACGCAGGUCGUGCAGGCGAUGCGAGACAACGGCAUCGCCAAGCUCGAGGUGAAAAAGGCGGCCGCGCAGGCCUACGACGACCGUAUCGCCGCGCGCCUCGAGCAGACGACCUGGCCGCGCGUAAACAAUUACUGGCGCAAGGGGGGCACGGGGCGCAUCUUCACGCACUACCCUGGCCCCAUUGCCCGGCAGUGGUGGGAUAACGCGUGGCCUGUGUGGGCCGAUUAUGUGGGUGGGGAGAAGCUCGCGCGUCGCCAGAAGAUCCGCAAACUGAUAUUCCUUCUGGUACUGCUCGUCGGGGGCGGCAUGGCGGCGGUAAAGGCCUGGGCGUCGGGGGUGCCGCGGCGCAUCAUGCAGAACGCGUUUGCGCGUGGUGACGCCUUCUCCCAGAGGCUGAUUGCGCUCGUAGAGUCGAUCCCGCAGCGGCUUCGUAUCCAGUAGAGUCAUUUUGUACGUUGUAUUGUAGAAAUGAAGUUAGCUGUUCUUGUUUGGAG